CUGGUUCCCACUUAGCCAAUCGGCGGCGGGGGCUGGGCCGGGGCGCUGAGUACCGACCGAGCGACGAACGCGGACCGCUGGCCGGGACCGUAGCUGCUCAGCGAUCUGUGGCGAUGGCGACCGCGAUGGCACCGACGUCGGUGGAGCGAGCGGUGCUGGAGGAGGAAUUCCGCUGGCUUCUGCACGACGAAGUGCACGCCGUGCUGAGGCAGCUACAGGACAUCCUAAAGGAAGCCUCUCUUCGCUUCACUCUGCCAGGCUCAGGCAUGGAGGGGCCUGCCAAGCAAGAGAACUUCAUUCUGGGCAGCUCUGGCACAGACCAGGUGAAGGGCGUGCUGACUCUGCAAGGGGACGCGCUGAGCCAGGCGGACGUGAACCUGAAGAUGCCCCGGAACAACCAGCUGCUGCAUUUUGCCUUCCGGGAGGACAAGCAGUGGAAGUUGCAGCAGAUCCAGGAUGCCAGGAACCACGUGAGCCAAGCCAUUUACCUCCUCAACAACCGGGAUGAGAGCUACCAGUUCAGGACAGGAGCAGAGGUCCUUAAGCUGAUGGAUGCCGUGAUGCUGCAACUGACCAGAGCUCGCAACCGGCUGACCACCCCGGCCACCCUCACUCUGCCUGAGAUUGCCGCCAGCGGCCUCACGCGUAUGUUCACCCCUGCCCUGCCCUCCGACUUGCUGGUCAACGUCUACAUCAACCUCAACAAGCUCUGUCUCACUGUGUACCAGCUGCACACCCUGCAGCCAAAUUCCACCAAGAACUUCCGCCCUGCCGGAGGCUCCGUGCUCCACAGCCCUGGAGCCAUGUUUGAGUGGGGCUCCCAGCGCCUGGAGGUGAGCCAUGUGCACAAAGUGGAGUCGGUGAUCCCGUGGCUAAAUGAUGCCCUGGUCUUCUUUACCGUCUCCCUGCAGCUCUGCCAGCAGCUCAAGGAUAAGAUCUCGGUGUUCUCCAGCUACUGGAGCUACAGGCCUUUCUAAGCAGAGCACCCAAGAACCUGUCCCCCUGAGAAGUGGCCCUACCCAGGGUGUCCCUCCCCUACCAUACACGCCCUGGAGUGCGGCCCAAGCCAGAGCCAGCACUGCACGGGAUUUGCUUCCCUCCCUGCCCAUACUGCCGUCACAUUUGCACA